AUGAAUUAUCUAUCUCCUUUAUCUUCAAAUAGUAAAAACCCCAUACAAGCAGUGCAGACAUGUUCAAAAUGGGAUAUUGGCAGUGGUAGUGGUUAUGGAGGCCAAGGAAGUUAUGGUGGUGGUAACAAUUAUGGCACUGGUGAUAUCUACGAAAGCAAUUCUGAUCAGUCUGAACAAAUUUUAAUUUUUCACCUUUUCGAUGUUAAUAGGAGAAUAUUGUUCGAAGCUCUUCAAAGUGAAGCAGGGAAGAAGCUACUGAGGAGAUCUGGAAGAGCUCCUGAUGAUAUUUUCAGUGUUGUUCUUGUUGAAAAAGAUAGAUCAUAUAUUAAAUCAGAAGCGGUGUUGAAGAUCAUUGAAUACCUGGAAUUGCCUUUCCCUCGGCUUGCAUUCUUCAUGCAAUUCAUACCCUUGCUCGUAAGGGACUUCAUGUACGACAACAUCGCGAACAACCGGUAUGCGAUUUUUGGGUAUUUGACUUCUUGCAAGAUAUGAAGCAAUACAAUGAAUAGUAAGUCAUAUAUCACACAAAAAUGGAGGGCAUCUUGAUAAGUCCUGUUGUAUAUGAGUCCUGAUGUUUCAUCUUGUUUCUUGACUGUUUAUGUUGUAAAUUAUGAAAGGUCUCACUAUGAA